CGACAGCGACAGCAACAGAAACAGAAACAGAAACAGCGACAGCAGCAGCAGCAGCAGAGCAACCAGCUAAGCCGAGAAACGUGUGGACGCAGGCAAAGAGGGUGGCGCAGGACGUGCAGCCCGGCGUUGUUGAUCCGGAGAAGAUGAGGGAGGUGUUUAAGCGGAAGCUGUACGAUCGGACUUCGUUUGUGAAUUAUGAGCGUUGUGGUGAGAUAUUGAACGAGUUGGAUCUUACUGAGGUGUAUAAAUCUGGCGAGCAUGAGAUUAUCGAGCUGUAUCCAUGCACAGGAGUCUGGGGACGGGCAGUCUGCGAACUGACAAAGCCCUCGCGACACGUCGCCCUCGAACACAUCCCCGCCUUCCACGAAUACUCCAAGAAACUCAACUCCGACCUCCCCACGAUGCUCCCGAUCGCAGUCGACCCCUACAAAUGGAGCGUGUACACCUCGCUGAUCAAGUACGGCGGCAUCAACCCCCAGAAACUGCCAUCCGACAAGAUCAACCCGUCGCUGCUUGUUAUCGGAAACUUGACCACGAGCCAGUCUAAGCAGCUGCUCGACCAGUUCCUCGUCACGGUCAUGUACCGCAACUGGCUGCAGCACUAUGGCUGCGUGAGGAUGCUGCUAUGGACGACCGCGAGCGUCGCGUCGAAGGUUACGCUCACGCAGGGCGAACGCCACCGCGGACGACUUGCCGCGCUCGCGGGACUAUUCACAGACAUCACACCCGUGGCGACUUUCUACGAGCACAAGGAUUUCGCGAAGGCGAUAAAAAUCAAAAGGGCGCAAGCACAAAAGAAAUUGGGUCGCGUGGGCUCAGACGUGCGCGAGAAGACUACUGAGUUUGCGCCGGUGCCGUACAACAAGAAAACGUUGGAUGCCAACCCCGUGCAGCUGACUUCCGCCGACGUACUCGGGCGCGACGAGCUUGUGUUGCUCGAUAUCAAGCCGAAGCCGAUCCAGGCGUGGGAAGACCAAGUCUCGAUGCCAGCGGUCGAGUACGUCUUCCGCAACCUGUUCAUCCUGAGCUCAGUCGCGCUCAGCAGCGCGGUCUCGUCGCUCGGGCCCGGAGCGCCAGAGUACCUCAGCCAGAAGCUUCCGGCGAAGAUGAUGGCCAAGCACCCGAUCGAUCUCUCGAACGAGGAGUUUAUCGAGCUCUUGCUCGCGUUUGAGAAUUGGCCGUUCAAGCCUGAGCAUUACUUUGAUAUCACGGCCGAUGCGGAUGACACGCUGCAGGCUGCGCCUGCGGAACUGACUAGUAGUGUAUUGCAGACUGAAUAGAUCUUUUCUCUUUUCUUUCAACCUGAUAAGACGAGUAGUAGAAGAAGAGCAGUAGAAUAACUGAG